AUGGGUGUCAAAGGCAAGCGCGUUGGCAAAAGCCUCGCUGCCAGCAGGCCACCAAAUUUUCACCAGAAGCCCAAAUCGAUCAAGCGGAAAGCCACAAAGGCGUUGAUCAAUAAUCUUCAUGUUCUGGAGAAAAGGCUAUUGCAGGCUACCCGUAAGGGGGAUGAGGCAGCCAAGGCCGCCAUUCAAAAAGAGAUCGCAGACAUGGGUGGUCUCGAGAGGUAUCAGCAGGCAAGCCUCCAGGGCCAACGGAAGGACCGUGGAGGUGAUAGCUCCAGGGUAUUGAUGGAAUGGAUACAGAAAUAUCCGCCGCCUGAUGCCGACACCAAACAUGUGCGUCUUCAUCUCCUCGAGGUCGGCGCGCUCAGCACAGAGAACGCAUGUGCAAAGAGCGGCCGUUUCGACAUUGAAAGGAUCGAUCUCAACAGCCAAGCGGAAGGCAUCAAACAGCAAGAUUUCAUGCAGCGACCUCUGCCCAAAGAUGACUUGGAGCGCUUCGAUAUUAUCAGUCUCUCGCUGGUGCUCAAUUUUGUUCCCGAUCCGAGGCUCCGUGGCGACAUGCUCCUUCGAACCUUGGAUUUCCUUCGAGUGCCAAACAACUCGGCAGUAUCCUUUACACCGAGUCUAUUCUUAGUUUUGCCAGCACCAUGCGUUACCAACUCUCGUUACAUGGAUGAGACGGUGUUGGGGCGCAUAAUGGCGUCGUUGGGCUUCAAGUUGAUCCACUCCAAGCCAACACAACGACUUGUGUACUACCUCUGGAGGCGAGAAUCAAAGUUGCCUGAAAAGCGGGAAGCUUUUGCAAAGAAAGAGGUGCGGUCAGGAUCAACACGCAACAACUUUGCCAUAGUUCUUACCGCCCAGGGAUGA